AUGAUGCUGAUCAUUUUAUUAUUUGUGACUGCGUCAUUUGCGAAGUAUAUAUCAAAUGUUGUCACUUUAGGGGCUGGCCAGCAGUGGAAAUAUAUAAGCAAAUUUGCUGUUGAUGUAGGGGCUGGGGAAUGGGAAUUGAAAGCAAAAUUCAAUAAGCCUAUAAAUGAGACGUAUAAGGACGAUAUAUCACUGGUCGCAAGUGUAUAUAUUGAUGAUAACUGGGAUGAAGUUAUGGACACAAAUGACUGCAAAACAAAAGUGGAUUUAUCGAGGAGAGAAAGAUUUUUAUUCCUUAAUCCAAAUGGAGAGUGGUCAGAACAAUUGAAUGGUAAAUUAUCUCAGAAGCUAAGACCGCACAUAUGAUAUUUUGCUAUAUCUGACUGUGAAGGCAAAUUAUACCAUGUUAUAUAAAAAUCAUGUUUUUAAAUUUAAAAAUAUUAUAAAGAAAUAUUCAAUGUAAAAUAAUAUAUCAGACAAAACAAGGAUUAAGGUAGAAAUGCAUUUUGUGAAUGAAGGGCAUUCUGAGUUCUCUACUGAAGAUAAUGGCUUAGUCUAUCUAUAUCCUAUUCUGCUAGUGCUCUAUCUAAUUGCCUUAUCAGGAAACAUAUUCAGGCUGAUAAAAAUGUUCCAGAAAACUAAUGAUAUCGAAACAAAUGUAAUUUUUUUUAAUUCAUCGAUAGGCUGUCAGUUCGGAGGAAUUUUCUUCCAAUGCAUCCACCUUUGGGUAUACUCUUACAAUGGUAAAGGAAUCACAGUCUUUGAUUUUUUUUCACAGUCUUUACUACCUUCCUUUGUGAGCGAGCAAACACAUUGGAAAAAUCCCUAUUUUUUUGGCCUAAGUCUACCCUUUGUGAAGAGCAAAAAAUUUUUUGAAAAAAUAUUUUGAUAUAUAAUUGAUGAUUAAUAUAUACCGUGAGCAUGGUUUUAGAUCGACCUGAGAACCCAUCCCUUGAGGUUUUAGCUUUAUUGAAAUCUACAAAUUGAAUUUGAAUUGCCAAAUGCUUAGUGAGGGACUUGUCAUUUUGAAUUAACAAUUUCGUUCAAACUGAAACCGUCAAGGGGGAGGGGAGGGAGUUUAAGAUCGAGCCAUACCUGUUCUGAAGGUAAAAUGAAAUCUAUAGCUAAUUCUGUCAAAUUUUAAAAGACUGCAUUUUAAAACAUAAACUUUAAAAAUUAAUUUUCUCAAUUUUCUCAAUUUUAGCAAUUUUUUAAACAGUGAAAAAAAAAAUACUAAUAUAUAUUUUUAUAAAAAAUUAAAAACGUAAAACAAAGAAAAUUUUGUUUUUACUCAUGGAUGGGGAAAUUAGAAAUUGUUUCGACAUUGAUUAUUACUAUUCUUUUUAUUUUAAUGGCAACUGGCUGGACUUUAAAGCAAAAAGAAUUUCCUGAUGCUGAUGUGUAUAUACCAGUUGGACUAAUGGUGGUUUUGCUUAAUUUGGUAAUCGUGGGACUAGGAAGAAUUACAGAUGAUUCAUAUUAUAAAUUCAGUGAUUACGAAGGAAUUAUUGGAUUUUUAUUGAUUUUAAUAAGAAUUGGGCUCUGGGGAUGGUUUAUUUAUUUAAUUAGAGGCUUAAUGACGAAAGUUCAUGGCAAAAUGAGCCAGUUUGUUACACAAUUUGCAGCAUUGGCGACUAUUUACUUUUUAGCUUUGCCUGCUCUUAUUAUCAUUUCAUGGCUGUUUGCACCUUAUUUUAGAAACAAAGUAGUUAUUUUAGGCUCUACAGUUAUACAAAUGGGAGUUUUUGUAUUUCUAACACAUCUUUUUAGUGAAAAAAGCACUUAUUAUAAAAUUUCGUCAAUGUCGGACAGUGUUUUACCAGGUAAAAUGCGUUAA